UGAUGAGAAGUCAAGAGAUGCAUUUGCAUGUGGAAGACAAAUACAGAGUCUUCCCCAGAGACAUUUCUUAAAUCAAGUACCUGGAAUGGUUGGAACUCUCCCUGAUGCUUUAUGUAUGCCAAAUCAUCAUUAUAGCUCUAAUUGUAAUGAUAAUGACACAAGCGAGGGAACAAAUAAGUUUCUGAAAACCAUACCAAGAUAUGUGAAGAUAGUGGAAGUUGGUCCAAGGGAUGGGUUGCAAAAUGAGAAGGAGAUUGUACCUCCCUCCAUAAAGAUUGAGUUGAUAAAGAUGCUUGUUUCUUCUGGGUUGCCUGUUGUUGAGGCCACUAGUUUUGUUUCGCCAAAAUGGGUACCACAGCUAGCAGAUGCAAAGGAUGUACUCGAGGCAAUUCAGUGUGUUGGAGCUAGGUUUCCUGUUUUAACACCUAAUCUUAAAGGUUUUGAGGCAGCUGUUGCUGGAGCUAAGGAGGUGGCCAUCUUUGCUGCAGCUUCUGAGUCUUUUUCGAUGUCAAACAUAAACUGUAGCAUUGAAGAUAGCCUUGCUCGAUAUCGUGAUGUUGCGCUUGCUGCUAAAAAGCUCUCAAUUCCUGUCCUUAUGUCUGAUUUUUUUUCUUCCAAUUAUAUUUCUUGUGUUGUUGGGUGCCCAAUUGAAGGAGCAAUAGCUCCAUCAAAAGUAGCAUACAUGGCAAAAGAACUUUUUGAUAUGGGAUGCUUUGAAAUUUCCCUUGGUGAUACGAUUGGUGUUGGUACUCCAGGUAUUGUUAUUCCAAUGCUUGAAGCUGUUAUUGAUGUUGUACCUUUGGAGCAGCUCGCUGUUCAUUUCCAUGACACUUACAAGCAAGCUCUUUCAAACAUUCUUGCAUCACUCCAAAUGGGGAUUGGCAUUGUAGAUUCAUCUGUAUCGGGUCUUGGAGGUUGCCCAUAUGCUAAAGGUGCUUCUGGGAAUGUUGCGACUGAGGACGUUGUUUAUAUGCUAAAUGGGCUCAGAGUUGAGACCAAUGUGGAUCUCCGAAAGGUCAUGUUGGCUGGGGAUUUCAUCUGUAAACAUUUGGGCUGGUCCUCAGGUUCAAAGACCGCAAUUGCAUUGAGCCGAACCACAGUUCAUGCUUCCAAGUUGUAAGCUACGUGGGACCAAUGCACCUUGCUAAAGACAUGCUUGCACACCAAGUUCUCAGUUUUUGAAAUUGCCUCAAGCUAUGUUUGAAUCAACAAUUUGAGGAGGGAAAGAAAAGGGGAUAUUUAGAAUUGCCUUCAAUGUCCCUUUAUAGAUAUAUCGGUUUCCAUUGUUGUGUCACAGAAGCAUUAAAAAAAAAUAAUGAUAAAUAAUCUCAGUCCUUUGUCCUCACAUUUGAACUA